UAAAUUAAAAAAUUCAUGUACGAGUAUUCUAACCCUUUGAUUGAUGAACAUAACCUUAGAAAAUAUAUAUAUAUAAAUAAAAUGACAUAAAAAUAUAUGAAAUAUAUACAAUAAUAAUGAAAAAAAUAUAUAAAUAACAAUAAGUGUAAAAUAGUGUAAAUAUAAAUUAACUAGAAGAAUUUAAAAUUAAAAAAUAUGAAUCCAUCACUGAGACAUCGUUACGAAGGACAAUUGCACAAGUAUACAAAUGCUAUGAAAGGAUGGCAGUUCAGGUGGUUCAUCCUGAGUCCAGAAACUGGAGAACUUCAUUAUUUUUUGAGUGAAUCAGAAAAAAAUCAGCGCCCGAGAUGUUCUAUUUAUUUAGCGGGUGCUGUCAUUGCACCCAGUGAUGAAGAUUCAAAUACUUUUACUGUCAAUUCUGCUACUGGUGAUAUGAUAAAAUUACGUGCAACAGAUGCACGAGCGCGGCAAGAAUGGGUCGACAAAUUGCGAGCAGUAACAGAAAUGUACACACGGGCAAUAGCCAGCAGUCAUCCACCUCUACCACCACGUGAGCACUCGUCAAAUGCACCCCGGACACCUGUUGACAAACUCGAAGUACUCGAUGCAUUCGCUAAUUGCCGGGAGCAAUUAAACAAAGUAGAGAAACAAAAUCAAACCCUCGUCACCUCCAUCGAAUCCUCGGAUUUUCAUCUCGACCCCGAUUUGCUGAUACUUAAAGCCCUUGUGCAAUCAACCGUAACUACUUUAAAUCAAUGUCUAAAUAUUCUUUAUCAGUAAUGGAAAUUAGAUAAAUUUAUUUAUUUGUAAUUAAAUAUACUAAUUAAUUAAUUAAUUAAUCGGGGGACCGCGGACUUUUAGAGGAAGUAAUUUUUUUUUAGUCAUUUUAUUGUAACAAAAGUCUAGAUUUAUUAAAAGCUAUUAGUUUAUAUUAUUUUACUACUGAUCGAUUAAUUGCUUAAUUACUAUCGUAUAUUUUUUAUUUAUUUAAAUUAAUUACCAAGAAAAAUAUUUUUUUUUUUGUAAAACAAAUUUUAUUUUAGUAAAGGGGACAAAAUUUCCUGUAAAAUGAGUACCCACAACAGUAUGUUUAAAAAAAGUCAUUUUUCCGGUAUCUGGCCGCGGACGCCCGCGAAUUAACCGCGAGUUGAUGAGUAGCGGUAAGUUGCUUUGAAAAUAUUGAUGUGGGUACUCAAAUUAAAGAGAAAUUCAUGAGGAAUAUGACUAUGGUGCAAAAAAAAAAUUUUUUUUGAAUUUUUUUUUUUUUUUUUUUUUGAAUUUUUUUUUAGACUUGAGUCUAGUGAUGUGGGUACUCAAACUAGAGGAAAUGCGACGACUGAUAAAGAUCUAAUUUCAUUUUUUACGAGUACGCACAUCUGACAAUUAAUCCUGUAAAAAAUUCCCAUACUUUUUACCCGUAAUUUAAUUAUCUGUGGAAAUAAAUAAAAAAUAGAAAUUUAAGUGUAAAAAUAAAGUAAUUGAGUACUUUUUCGAGUCCAGUUUCUCUAGAUAUUUCGGGUAGAAAAUAAACCGACAAUUUUAUUAAUUAAAAAUAUCAAGGCAGCAAAAAGUUAAUUGUUUAUUUAAAGUGAAACAAAAUAUUAAAUGCGAAUGCAUAUCAGUAAUUAAUUUUAUAUUAAUAAAUUAUUCUAUUGAAAAUAACAGACUUGUAAUAAUUAAAAAAAAAUAAAAAUAUUAAUUAAUUACGUAAAAUUUUGGUACAAAAAUUACUGGUCCCCUUAAUAAUUAA